CACCUUACUCCAUCUUACCUGGCCACACAGAAGUUGCCUCUCUUUCUUGGUGGCUCCUCCUACACUGCAACUUCUUGUGCCUUGUUCCAGCCAUCGCAAUUGGGCAUGGCUAGGAAGUGCUCCAGUUGUGGAAACAAUGGCCACAACUCCAGAACUUGCAGUGGCUACAGAGGCCAUGAGAACAGCAUUAGUACCAGCAGUAACAGCAGCGGUAAUACUAGCUGUGGUGGCUUGAGGUUGUUUGGGGUGCAGCUUCAGGUAGGCUCCCAUCCUCUGAAGAAGUGCCUUAGCAUGGAGUGCCUAUCGCCAGCUGCCUACUAUGGAGCUGCUGCUGCUGCUGCUGCCGCCGCCGCCUCCAGCUUGUCGCCUUCCGUAUCAUCGUCUUCGUCUUCGCUUGUGUCAAUAGAGGAGAACUCGGAGAGGGUCUCCAGUGGGUACAUGUCGGAUGGGCUCAUGGGCAGGGUUCAGGAGAGGAAGAAAGGAGUUCCAUGGACUGAGGAAGAGCACCGGAUGUUCCUCGCCGGCCUCGACAAGCUCGGGAAGGGCGACUGGCGAGGCAUUUCCCGGCACUUCGUCACAACACGGACCCCAACACAGGUGGCCAGCCAUGCCCAGAAGUACUUCCUCAGGCAGAACAGCCUUACACAGAAGAAGAGGAGGUCCAGCCUCUUUGAUGCGGUUGAAGGUGCUAAGAAGGUAGCAAUGCCGAGGAUAGCAUCAGUAUCCGGGCUGCCAUUCCCCAGCUUGUCGCCGAGGUCGGUCGAUGCAAGGACGAAUGGAGCUGUGGUGCUGCCUCCAUUCCUGAACCUGAUGAGCAGCAAAUCACCAUUUGCUGGUGGUGGUGGUGCAUCACAGUCACAGCACCCAUCGUCCCUGAACCUGAUGGCAAAGCCUCAGGCGCAACUACAGAUGCCUGAUCUGGAGCUGAAGAUGUCGACAUCCCGGUUAUCCGACCAGCCCGGUUCAUCCCGGAGCACGCCUUUUUUCGGGACUGUCAGAGUUACCUGAUCUUCUUCAAUCUUCGUUCUCAUCAGAAAAGGGGGAGGGAAGAAUCAGAAAAGGAUGUCCAGAAGAUUAGGCAACACAAGCAGAAAGAAGUUGCACUGUAAUUUACUCCGGAUCAGACACGCACACUGAAAAAAAAAAGGCAAAGGGAAACAGUUGAUUUUAUUUCUUAUCAUACUUCUCCUAUCACCUUAGCUUUAUGUUGACACAAAGGCAUGGCAAAGUUGUUGCUAGUCAUAUUCCAGGGCCUGCAGAAGGUGAAAGAUGAACCCACAAUAUUCAGUUUGCACUUGCAGACAUCGCUGACAAGGACAGGCAGCAGAACCACCAGCACAGCACACAAACAUGAUACAUGAUCAUGUCCUUGUAGAUUACCUUAGCCAUGCAUGCAUGGAGCCAAUUUGCAAGCCAUCCAAAUUGGCUCUACAUGUUUAUGUGAUUUGUUACCAGUUGUGUACUGCCAAUAAAGAUCUAUCAAUCAUUGUUCUCUUUGGUUU